CCCAAGACCAAGUCUUAAGAGCAACUUCCCUUCCUCAGCUGCUUAAACUUUUUUUUUUUACUAUUCUGUGGCUGGAAAGAAGUGUCACAUUUUGCUCACUCCCAAGCCUUCUCCCCCACCCCCUCUCAGAGACCCUGUGCGUGAGCAGGGGGUGCUGUGAGCCACCUCCAGCCUCUGGUGACGGCUGGAACUAACUACAGCUCCUCUCACUAACGCUAUGAAGUUUCUCGGGAAGCCCAGGAGCCAGGCAGUGGCCUCUCUGCCUCUUUGCUUGCUCUUUUUGAAGAUUCUGCAACCAGGGCUCAGCCACCUUUACAGCAACCGCUACACUGGUGAUAAGGUGAUAAGACUUAUCCCCAAUACAGAAGAGGAAGCAUAUGCACUGAAGAAAAUAUGCCACCAGCUUAAGGUGGACCUGUGGCAGCCCAGCAGUGUCUCCUAUGUCUCAGAGGGAUCAGUUACUGAUGUCCGUAUUCCUCAAAAUGGUUCCCGAAUCUUGUUAGCCUUCCUACAGGAAGCCAACAUCCCACACAAGAUCCUCAUAGACAAUCUUCAGAAAGCACUGGAAAGAGAAAGAAGUUUGCAAGCCCAGAGAAAUCGAAGAUCCCUUUCUGAAUAUAAUUAUGAAGUUUAUCACACCUUAGAAGAAAUUCAAAAUUGGAUGCAUCAUCUGAAUAAUACUCAUUCAGGCCUCGUCCACAUGUUCUCUAUUGGGAAAUCAUAUGAGGGAAGACCUCUCUUCAUUUUAAAGCUGGGCAGGAGAUCACGAGCUUAUAAAAGAGCUGUCUGGAUAGACUGUGGUAUUCAUGCAAGAGAAUGGAUCGGUCCUGCCUUUUGUCAGUGGUUUGUAAAAGAGGCUCUUCUAACAUAUAGGAGUGACCCAACCAUGAGGAAAAUGAUGAAUCAUCUGUAUUUCUAUAUCAUGCCUGUGUUUAACGUCGAUGGAUACCAUUUCAGCUGGACCAAUGAUCGAUUUUGGAGAAAAACAAGGUCAAGGAACUCAGGGUUUCGCUGCCGUGGCGUUGAUGCCAAUCGGAACUGGAAAGUGAAAUGGUGCAACGAAGGAGCUUCCAUGCACCCUUGUGAUGAUACGUACUGUGGACCUUACCCAGAAUCUGAGCCAGAAGUGAAAGCUGUAGCUAACUUCCUUCGAAAACACAAGCAGCACAUUAGGGCUUACCUCUCCUUUCAUGCAUAUGCUCAGAUGUUGCUGUACCCCUAUUCUUACAAAUAUGCAACAAUCCCCAAUUUUAGCUGUGUGGAAUCGGCAGCUUAUAAAGCUGUGAAUGCACUUCGCUCGGUGUAUGGGGUACGGUAUCGAUAUGGACCUGCCUCCAGCACAUUGUAUGUGAGUUCUGGUAGCUCAAUGGAUUGGGCCUACAAAAAUGGAAUACCCUACACAUUUGCUUUUGAGCUGCGUGACACUGGGCAUUUUGGAUUUUUACUCCCAGAGGUGCUCAUCAAACCCACCUGUACAGAGACCAUGCUGGCUGUGAAGAAUAUCACAAUGCACCUGCUGAAGAAAUGUCCCUGAGAGGGCCCGGCAGUCAGGUCAGCCGCCAGAGAAAGAGCUGACUGUGCACAGGAGCCGCUCGGCAGUGGAUGAAAACUUUUUAAAGAGAGGGGCAACUGCUUGGAGCGAACAUAUCUGUGGACUUUUAAAGGAAUUUCUCAUGCGAUUCAACUCUCUGUGGCAAUAAAAAUGGUAAUAAAAUAAAAAUAAGAGCACAGCCUGUUUUGUUGUAAGCAAAAGCACCCACUUUCUACCCCAUUAGAAUCCCAGUUGAUUAAGGUGGGGGAUAUUUUCAAAUCCUUCUGUCUCGCGAAAUGUACAAAUUGAGGAGAGCACUUCAAUAAAUCUGUUCUCAAUUA